UGCCACGGCUGGAGUGUGUGUGAGAGUGGGUGAGCGGACCAUUCCAGCCCGUGUGUCUCUGUGCGCGUGAGCAGUGAUCUGCUGUCAUUCAUGGGGAUCAUGUAUGGAGAUGGAGACCUGCUCGGACCCCCACGAAGGGACUGCACGUGUUACCUGGGACCCCCGACCACCUUGAUUCCCAUCGGAAUGCGUAAAUCCCCCGAGGUGAGUCCCAGAAGGCUGUCCGACAUCAGCCCACAACUGCGCCAGCUCAAGUACCUGGUGGUGGAUGAAUCGAUUAAAGAGGACCUGAAGUCAUCUCGAUCAGUUGAGGACAUCAACAGCGCAUCCAUCGAGGAGAGGAUCUUGAGAAUCACGGGCUAUUAUGGCUACCAGCCGUGGAAUGCAGUUUAUAAGAGGGAGGACCGGCCGAGGGAGAACGCCAUGGGCAACGCAGAUGGACAGGCGAUGGUGGGCGGAGCAGGGGUGGAGUCAGGGGCAGGAAGGCAGCGGUUACACUGCUGCAUUCGAGUCACAGCCGUUCAAGUGCGAAAAGCAAUAUGGGGCGUGGCCAUGGUGAUGUGCGUUUGCUCAUCAUGGGCAGGCUCCACCCAGCUGGCAAAGCUGACCUUCAAACAGUACGACGCACCGUUCACUCUCACAUGGUUCACCACCACGUGGAACUGCCUCUUCUUCCCUCUGUAUUACAUCGGCCACCUGUGCAAGAGUCCUGAGAGACAGACACCAAAACAGAGGUUUAGAGAGUGCUGUCGGUUCUUCGGGGACGAUGGACUGACGGCGAAGGUAUUCUUUACUAAAGUGGCCCCUUUCGGCCUGCUGUGGAUUAUGACAAACUACCUGUACCUUCAGGCUUUGAGAAAGAUCAACAGCACCGAUGUAUCAGCCCUCUUCUGCUGUAACAAAGCCUUUGUCUUUCUCCUGUCCUGGAUCGUACUGCGGGAUCGCUUCAUGGGUGUCAGGAUUGUUGCUGCCAUUCUGGCCAUCGCUGGAAUCGUGAUGCUGACCUACGCUGAUGGCUUUCACAGUCACUCUGUUAUCGGCAUAACGUUUGUAGUGGCCUCUGCAUCUGCCUCUGCCCUCUAUAAGGUGCUCUUCAAGCUUGUCUUGGGCAGCGCCAAGUUUGGAGAGGCGGCUCUGUUUCUGACCAUUGUCGGAGGUGCAAACUUUGUCUUAUUGAGCUUUGUGCCAGUUAUACUGUACUUCACACAUGUUGAGUACUUCACAUCCAUAGCUGAUCUUCCCUGGGCCUACCUGUGUGGAGUAGCUGGACUCUUACUAGCAUUCAAUAUUCUGGUGAAUUUUGGCAUUGCCAUUACAUACCCUACACUCAUUUCACUUGGCAUUGUGCUGAGUGUCCCAGUCAAUGCAGUGGUGGACCUGUACACCUGUGAUAUCCACUUCAACACCGUGCGGCUCAUCGCUGUGUUCAUCAUCUGUCUGGGCUUCCUGAUGCUGCUGUUACCGGAAGACUGGGAUCAGUGUUUGAUUGAGCUCGGCACCAAACUCAGAAAGCGGGAACAGACCGCUGAGCCGGCUGAGACUGGAACCAGUUCAGGACUCAAUUGGACCCGACGGGCCAGGACCUCCAUGUCCACGUUUUCCCACUGACACACACUCACCUUCUCCCAUACAGUGACUGAAUGAUGCUAGGACGAGCAUUCAUACAUAAUAUUUCUCAGUCAACAAGGUUCCAUAGACCAUAAUGUACCAUAAUGCACAUUAUAUCAAAAACUGUCUGAAAAAAUUGUUUGCAGUUUUCCCAACUGUAAGUGGAUUUGAACAAUGACUUAGGUCUUUAUUUGAAACUCAAGAGCAGGGGUCUCAAACUACCGAUCCAUGGGUUUAUAGGGGAAGUCAUGGCCUAAUGGUUGGAGAGUUGGACUUGUAAUCCAUAGGUUGUGAGUUCGAGUCUUGGGCCAGCAGGGAUUGUAGGUGUGGGAGUGAAUUUACAGCGCUCUCUCUACCUUCAAUACCAGGACUGAAGUGCCCUUGAGCAAGGCACUGAACCCCCGAAAAGUUCCCUUGGCACUGCAGUGUGUGUGCAGUGUGACUUUGUCACUUUCACCUUCAAAUUUGACCCAUGAAUUAAGUCAUUAAGUGUUAAUAGGCUACCCUUAAAUCCAGCCCAGCUUUCAUUUUUACACUUUGAAAAUGUAAACUUUAAUUAUAUUUCAAUUUUAUUUUAUAUACUGUUGUAAUUUAAUGCAAAUAAUGUAUUAUAAUUUAUUUUUAUAUAUUUCUUAUUCUCCACAUGGCUUUUAUAGGCCUAAAACUUGAAUGUAAAAUGACAGAAAAGUCAGAAAACUUUGGAUUACAUGCAUGUAAGACUAGAUGGCUAUUAUUACAAUCAGUAGAGUGGUUUACACUGGGAGCACUUGUUGUGGCAUCUUCAGUGGAUGGAAGAUUCUAUUUUUCAUGCACUACAGCUACUCCAACCUUUUUAUUUUGCCUGAUAUAUAUAAAAAUAUUUUUAUAUAUAUGUAGACUGAUUGCUAUCUAAGUCUUUUUAUAUUGAAAAAUGCCUGAUUGUUACGUCAAGGCCAGGUUGUGUUAUUUCCAAUCUUUUAAAUGGCACUGCUACCUGCCUCUGCAAGGAGGAAAGUAAUGCAAUAAUGCAAUUUCAGGCAUCAUUACUCCACUAACCAUGAGCAUCAUGCUAGGUAUGAAGGAAAGAUGUAUCCAUGCCUCAAUAACUGUAUGUAGUUAAAAUGUAAGGUCAUAAACCAUCAGGUAGUUGAAGAGUUUGAGACCUCUGCUCAAGAGACCCACAUAACCAAUGUCUCCACAAUAAAGAUUAGUUUCUUUCUUUGAGAUUGUUUAACUUCUCUUCGGAGCUCAGAGAAUCACAUCUGUGACUUUACAGCUUACAUUGUGUAUCUCACUGGCACAAAUCACUGCGAGUGGCCAGUAGAACAUGUGCCAUACAUUAAUACAGACAUUAAGAACUGCUACUUGUGCCGUCUUCUUGCACAACAAAGAUCUACAUUACAACAGGUGCAUCUGAGGGAUUUCCCCUCCCAAUCUGUGACUGAAGAUGUUCUGGAUAAUAGCAAUCUCGAAGGUCUUGGUGGAAAGGUGAACCAGGAAUAGCAUCAGAAGACAGUGGUGCUGAGGUUGGCUGGAAUGCUGGUACAGUGCAAAUGCCUCAUACAAAGUUCUCCUAA